CGUGCACGGGGCACGGCGCGUCGCUUCGCUCCCCGGCCGACUCCUCCUCCCACCUCGCCUCUCCCCCCCGCGAAACCAUCCCAAAUCUCCCGCGCCGCCGCCGCCGCCGCCGCCGCGCGCGAGCGAAACCCAAACCAACUCGCCGGCAACGCAACGCCGGAAGGGAAGGGAAGGCGGCGAGCGAUGCCGCGGCUGAUGCCGGAGGACGCGUCCCUGCUCCUGGACCACGUGGUCGGCGACCCCUCCGUCCCCGCCGCCGCCGCCAACGCGGCGCUCGCGGCGCUCCCCUUCCCGUCCCGCCCCACCCCGCGCCUCCUCAGGGCAUCCCUCCUCCGCCGCCUCGCCGCCGACCCGGUCUCCGCCGCCGCCCUCGACUCGCUCCAGCUCCUCGCCUCCCUCCCCUCCUCCCCUUCCCCCGCCGCCCCCGCCGCCGCCGCCGCCGCCGCCGCCCACCUCGCCGUCGCGGCCUACCUCGCAGUCUCCGCGCCCGACUUCGACGCCGCCGCGGGGGCCCUCUUCGGGCGCCCCGGCGGCCGCGCGCGCCGCGCGGUCGAGGAGGGUGGGGCCGCCGCGCUCGCCUCCGACGAGGCCGAUGCCGUGGCCGACCAGUUCGAGGCCGCGGUGGGGAAUUCGUUCUCGCAGACCGUGCUGAGGGGGCUCUGGGGCGACCGGGCCGCGGCGGAGGAGCGGGUGAGGGAGCUCCUCGCCGUCGAGUGGGCGGCGAUUGGGCAGUCCCGGCUGGAGAUGGCGGCGGAGAGGAUUGUUGGGGAUGGCGCCAUUGAGACAUGGAGGGCCGCAGAUGAGGUCACCCGAGCCAAGUAUCGCUUGCUCGCUGGGGAACAAAGAGCACGUGAAAUUGAGGGCAAACUUGGAGAAACUAUCCCUCAAGGAAAUCAAAUUUCGACACCAGAAGUUCAUAAGGUGAUGGACGCCCUUAAAUCAAGCUGUGCUAACCUUCAUAGUGUAGUAGAGGACCCACUUCCAGCUGCAAAGGCAGCAGCAGAUGAGGUACUGGCUGCAAGGAUGGAUAAAGCAGUCGAUCUAAAUGCGGGAGAAGUUAGUAAUCAGCCAACGGCUUGUGACAUCGCUGGUCCAAGUGCUCCUGCGGACAAUUUGGAUGCUCCAAGGAAAGGCACAGCAGCCAGCCUUAUGGAUUGGAAUCCAACAGCAAGGACGUUUCAGUGGGAGGACUCACCUGAUCCUGACGGCUCACGUUCACCGAUACAUAGACCGCAGUUGCCUAGCCCAAGGAGAACAACAUUUUCUCCUCUGCAACCGGCAGAUAACAAAGCGAAGCGUAGAAAGGCAAGGAAGUGGUGCGCGUUAGAAGAGGAAACAUUAAGAAAGGGUGUCGAACAGUAUGGUAACGGCAAUUGGAAAGAUAUUUUAACCAACAAUCCUGAUGUUUUUAUUGGUCGAAAAGCGAUGGACUUGAAAGAUAAGUGGAGAAACAUGAUGAGGUAGGGAUCAAUGACAAGGCACCAGAGAGAGUUCUCUUUCAUUCUAGCUGAAGAACCUUUAAGAAGCCCUAGGGCAUAUAAUUCUGGUGGUUCGAUACGCUGAAGCACCAAGCCCUUCUACUGCUGAAGACUGAGGAGCAGUUGGGUUUGAUGCAUUUCUUUUUGUGCUCCACCGACAUAUCCCCAGUAGAUUCGGGCGAGAAUUCGUCAGAUUAGUACCAGAUGCUUACAAGUCAUGGUUUUAAGCCCCCCUUGUAAUUUGGAACAGAUUCUGAAUUUCUGGUGCUGUAUGUAUUCAUUCAGUGAGAAUCUGUAUCCAGCUUUUGCUGUCUAUAUUAUCCCUACUGUCGUAAUUAAUCAUCAAUGCUCGCUUGUUCAUUUUGCCA